GGAAAAUGCUAUUUUUAAAUUAAUUGAUUAUGGAAACGGAUAAUUACAAAAUGAAUAACAGAAUCACACGAUGGGAAAUAAUUUGGCUUCCAAUAAUAAAACUAUUACGUAUGCCAUAGGAAAUGUUUUCAACACUUUUCCAAAAAUAUUCAACAAAUAAAAUUUUGACUUCCAUUAAUAUUUACUGAAUCAACAAAAAUUAUAAAACAGAAAAUUUACAAAUAAAUUCAUUAAAGCAAAAUAAUUCAUUGAUCAAUAAAUUUCAAAUAGAAACAUACUUAUACAAAUAGCAAUUUAACAGGACGGUAACAGCAAUUAAAUAAUGUAUUCAAUAGUGCAAAAUAUAUCAUUUGAAUAUUUCUAUAAUACAAGCUCAGCGACAUCAGAUGGAUUAUAUUUUUCAUCACCAUCAACAUCACUAACAUCACCAUCAACCGAAAAUUUAUCAAUAUCAACAACAGUAGCUGAAGUUUAUGUUGAAGAAUGUGAGACAAGAGAUAAAAUAUUUUAUACUAGUUAUUUUGGUAUUUAUUUAGCUGUACCAGAUUGGGAGGCAAUCGUUACAACAAUAAUAUUAUCAAUAAUUAUAAUGCUAACAAUUAUUGGAAAUGUAUUAGUUAUAUUAAGUGUAUUUACAUAUAAACCACUUAGAAUAGUUCAAAAUUUCUUUAUAGUAUCAUUGGCUGUAGCUGAUUUAACUGUUGCCAUAUUAGUCCUGCCAUUUAAUGUUGCAUAUUCAAUAUUAGGACGAUGGGAAUUUGGUAUACAUUUAUGUAAAAUGUGGUUAACAUGUGAUGUAUUAUGUUGUACAUCAUCGAUAUUAAAUUUAUGUGCAAUUGCAUUAGAUCGAUAUUGGGCAAUAACAGAUCCAAUAAAUUAUGCACAAAAACGUACUGUCGGUCGUGUAUUACUAUUAAUUGCUGGUGUUUGGAUAUUAUCAUUAAUAAUUAGUUCACCACCAUUAAUUGGAUGGAAUGAUUGGCCAGAAGAAUUUUCAAGUCAACAUCCAUGCCAAUUAACAUCAAAUCGUGGUUAUGUAAUUUAUUCAGCAUUAGGUUCUUUUUAUAUACCAUUAAUAAUUAUGACUAUAGUUUACAUCGAAAUUUAUGUAGCAACACGACGACGUUUAAGAGAACGAGCGAGAGCAUCAAAAAUUAAUGCGAUUGCAUUAAAAAGUGGUACGGGUAGCAGUGGUAAUACUGGUUAUACAAUUGGUAAUAAAACUGGUGGUAAUAGUGGUAUUAAAAUUCCUACAAGAAAUAAUAGUAAUAGUAUAGAUAAUGAUGGUGAUAGUUGUAUUAAAGAUAUACCAACGAUAUUACAAGAUCCAGAAUCAAAUAGUAGUGAAACAAAUCAUAACGAAACGAUUAUUAAAUUAGAAAAAGAAACAAAUAAUAAAAAUAAAAAGAAAUCUCGAAGACCAAAAAUUAAAGAUUCAAUAAGAUAUGAUCGUAAAAAAGGAAAUAGUGGUAGCGGAAAUCAAAAUAAUAAAAAAAACAAUCAACAAGAAAAACAAUUAUUACAACCACAAUCAGUUGAAGAUUCUGUAACAGAUAAUUAUGAAGAAUCAUCGGGUAGUGGAACGAAAAAAAGUACUGGUGAUGAAUGUGAUGGUAGCGGUGGUGUUGGUGGUUUAUGUGGUAAUGAUAGUCUAUGUGGUGGUGUUAGUGGCGGUAGCUCAAUGGCUAUUGGCAAUGGUAGCGGUUCAACAACUAUUAAUGGUGAUAAUAUUAAUAAUUUAGAUAAAAAGAAUGUUAAAAUUAUUGUAAAAUCAACAAAUAAUAAUUGUAAUAACAGAGCAUCAGUUAAACAACGUUCAGCCGGUGUCUAUCAAUUUAUUGAAGAGAAACAAAAAAUUUCAUUAUCAAAAGAAAGACGUGCAGCUAGAACAUUAGGUAUUAUAAUGGGUGUAUUUGUUGUAUGUUGGUUACCAUUUUUUCUAAUGUACGUUAUAUUACCAUUCUGUCCAACAUGUUGUCCCAGUGAUAAAUGGAUUAAUUUUGUUACAUGGUUAGGUUAUAUUAAUUCAAGUUUAAAUCCUGUUAUAUAUACAAUAUUUAAUUUAGAUUAUAGAAGAGCUUUUAAAAAGUUACUUGGUAUUAAAUAUUAA